UAUUCUUUCCGGACGUUUGAGCUGUGGUUUUCCUGAAACAUCACUUGAGCUAAACAGGAAAUUAAUCUUUAAAAUUAAUUUCAGUUUCUCAUUUUUUAAACUCCUAAAAUUAUACUUUUUCUUUCGACACGCUAUACUGAAAAUAAGUUGAAGGAGUUUGUAGACUAGCUUUUCUUGUUCUUUUGGUAGGAGUGGACAUCUUAUUGUCACUUGUUCAUCUGUAUAAAAUCAUAUAUAUAUAUUUAUAUUUGAGUGUCUUUUAGAUUUGCUGCCGAAGAAGAUAUUAUAUAUCAGCCCAUCAUCAACAUCUUAAUUUAUCUGCCCCUAGGUAUUUUCCUUUAUAAUACGUAUGUCAGUGCCUAGGGUGUGUCGCUACUCGGUUUCAAAUCCACCCCCUAUUAGGGGUCCUCUUAGCGGCAAUGAGACUAUUGAGGAGGCUGACCUCCUUGAUGUGCAGGCUUUACAGGCAGAAAAGGCCGGUGAUGAUACACAAUGUAUUCAAAUAAUGGAACGAUCUGUUCAGAUACACGUUCGUGUCGUUUCGCAAAUGACUGAACUACUUCAAGGAAACAAUUCGAACCUGUCUGUACACACAGCUUACAAUAAUGCCCUGACCAGUCUCUCUGGUGCAGCAGAGCGACUUGCUAUCAAGUGCAACACCUUUGCGGUCCAAAAGUUUAAACAAAGGGAUUUCAACACUGCUGAAUCACUAUUGAAGUACAUUCUUGAUUUAACUAGUGAAAAUGGGUCUUCUCUGUGCGAGACUGAUGAACGCCGUUGCUACCUCCGUAGUGUUACGCUGAACAAUUUGGGCUGUAUGGAGCUCCGUCGGGGCCACUACCCUGAGGCGCUCAAGUAUUUACAAGAGUCGAUGGAGGUUGUUGGAGCAGAGUCACCAAUUCCUUACAUUAGCAUAAGUGCGAUUUUGUUGCAGUUGCGGCAGUGUGAAGAUGCGGCUAGCAUGGCGCAGCGGGCAAUUGAUCUGAUGCCUGAAUCUCCCAAGGAUCCUUCAUUGAUUGCUGUGGCGCACCACAAUCUUGCGAUGUCAUUGGAAAAAAUUUCGAAGGAUGCAGCCUUAGAGCAGUAUGAGGUUUCAUAUAGGAUGGCUUCUGCGACUUUGGGAAAGGAAAGUCCAACUACACAGUUGAUUCUGACAAACUGGCAGAGGUUUCAAAGAUUACAUCAGACAGAAAUGAUGUUCACCGGUCGAUCUAUUACAGGUCAAAGUACUCAAUUGAAAUUGCCUAUGCACACCUCAAGAUUUAACCGUACCAGUUCUUCUCAAAAACGUGAGCCUAUUCGUAACAGCGAACAAGAUUCAUCCGUGGUGUGUUCUAGUGAUGAAGUGUUAGACAUAUUUCCACAUCCAUUCUUCUUCAGCCAACAUACAGCUUCUGAUACUGGCACCAUUAAUUCAAAUAAUAAACCACAACCCUAUUUGAACAGACCACAACCUUUUGUGCGCAAACCGCUUUUUCCAAAUGUUACGGGCACCACUACACGUAGCCACGCCAGUGAGCGUCGACCUUUGCCAAAACACUCAUCCAAUCAACAAAAGGAUCCAAUUCAAACUGCCGCUAAUUUUCAUACAGCAGCCCCGGAUCCAGUGUCUACUGUUAACAAGUUGCCGAAGACUUUUCCAGGCAACAUUGGGGGAUCCACGGCAAGAUCAUCUGCGCAACACGGCAAGGACAAAGAGUGGUCAGAAACUCUCCCACCAAUCAGAAAGUCCUCUCCAUUUCUCGUUAAUGUUCCAAAGCAGAACGUUCCAUGUAAAACUAAGACUAGCUCUAGCAAGCCAAUCCAAGACAACAAAUCUAUUUCACCUUUGCACAAGACUUUAACGACAAAAGAAAUUCCUCGGAACCAUGCAGCAAGAAGGAAUUUAUCUCUACACAAAACUGAAAACACAAAAGAACCUCUGCCGAGGUCGCCACCUCAACCUUUAUAUAAUUCCAUUUCUUCCUCUUCAGACUCAAUGGUUCCGUUGACUUCUAUUCGUGGUGGUAACGCUGUCGUGCGCAACAAUCCGGUUCACACUGCCUCUGUCAAGACUUCUAAAACAAAUGUUAUAACACAUCCCAAGAAUACAGGGUCAACAAUAUCACAUUUACCCAAGCGUGCGGCCCAAACUUCGAAUUCAGUUGUGAAGCGGGAAGCAGCAGAAGUAACCAACGCUGCCGAUAGCUACGCCGUCUCACCUUCUUUUUCUAGAUCCAGUAAGGAUCUAAUGGAAUCGAUGACAGAUCGUUUAGAGAUGCUUCUUCAUGACGAGGAGGAGAUGGAGCGCAAGUACAUGAAGGCUCUUAUUAUUCAGAGAAACUACCGCCGCCAUCUGACGCAGAGACGUGUGUUUUCUAUACGUAUGGAUAUGAAUUGUGAAAAGAGAUUACGCCGCAUUCGCGAAAACAUGGCCGCAAGGAUUAUUCAAAUGGCUUACAGGCGUGCGCUUGGUAACCGCGCCGUAUCACGCAGCUGUCGGCGCCUACUGAAACAUGCCACGUCUAGUAUGGUAAACACGGCCGCUGUGCGGAUACAAUCCAUGGCCAGAGGCUGGGCGGCUCGUCGUGAGUAUCUGCAGCGGCAACGUUAUCAGUGUGUGUGCGAGAGCGCCUCCACUCGAAUCCAGAAUUGGUUUCGAUCCUGUCGGGCACGCCAAGAGCUUCAGCGAUUACAGAUGCAGAAAAAAAUCGAGGAGGAGAUCAUCACCAGGUUGCAACGAUGGGAUUACGCCGCGAGUAUUAUACAAAAAGUGUGGCGUGCCCAUCGUCAACUUCAAUUAUACCGGGAACAGCUUCAUCAACACCGUGCUCGCAGGCUGGAGAAAGAGAGAGAUUUGCUUUACAAAGCUGCUUGUAAGAUACAGAGCGCUUGGCGUGGGUUUGUCUGUCGUCGACACGUUGGUGCAUUUAUGGUAGUGGCAAAAGACCUUGAGGCCAAACGAAAUGAGUACCAGCGCCUACGCAAUGCCACAGUCAAGAUACAAAGCCUUUGUCGUGGUAUACUUGUGAGACGUCGCACUUCUUCCUUCUUGGAUAAGUCACGGCGACGCGCUGCUGAGGAUAUUAAUAACAUUUCUCGUGCACAUGCUAACGCUAGUGUGAUUCAGUCUGCGUAUCGUCGUCACCUUGCGCGUAGACGUUUGUGUUUGCUCAAGGCAGAACACCGUAUUACCAUGCGUGAGUGUCAGCUCCUUGCUUUGGCCUCCUUGAUGCAGCGGGUAGGGAGAGGCUAUUUGUUUCGUCUCAAUCUUUCAAAAGAAGUUUCACGCUUUAAGGAAGAAGCUAGGCGUUAUCAUCGGAAGCUAGAUGUGCUACAUCAAGAUAAUGUCCAUACUGGAAAAGGGUACUCUAUGGAACGGUUGUAUUUAUUACCUGAAGAAGAGGGCAUACAGCGCUCUGCAAUCGAGAUAGAGGAGCGGUGCGGUUGGAGAUAUGUUAAGGAGUGUGGUAGCUCUAUUCCUGUGGAUUUGACUGUAUUGCCGAGAAAUCAUACCAACUCAGAAGGUUUUGUAGAGUCUAUCGGGCCAAAGCAGGAGGGGCUAACCGAGGAAGCCGUGGGUGAAGUGUGUGUUUGUAAAUCCAAGGAACCUUGUACAGUUCAGCUUAGGGAGGAGUCAGCAGUGUUAACCAUUACUCGAUUUAUGCAGCGUGUAGCGGCUAAGCGUGCUUUGGCACGGCGGAUCAAAGCAAUAGAGCAUUUGCGCGAGCAGCAGGAAGAUAAGGCUACUAAAGAAAACGAGCCUCAGGAGGAGUUUACUUCCAGUGGUACCUUUACAAUCGUGAAGCGACCUCCAAUGGAAUCAGAUCUUACUUCACUAAUUAUCAGUGAAGCAGUAACCCGUGAACAGGAAGAGUUGAUGAAAUUGAUGGAGAUGGAGAGUAUACUUCAAGAAUCUGAAAUUUACCAAAGUUUGUUUGAGGAGGAGACAGCGAUACGUUCCAGUCUCCCUGACAAGGAUGGAUAUUGUAUUGAUAACGACGAAAGUGUACCCCAAGAGGUGAGUGAGGCUGAUGAAUCACGCACUAAUGGAGUAUCCUCCAAGCCUGAUGAGGCGCGUACAGUUUCCAUUGCGCCGGAAGCAAGUUCAAUACAGGACCUUAGUGACGGAGUGAUUUGGAUCAAAGAACCAAUUGCUCAUCCUGAUCUUACCGAGAUGACGCUAUCCAAUAAUUCUGUUAGCAUGCCAAUAUCAUCCUUUGUUGACGAUGAGAACCUUUUGAAAGCAUUGGAAGAAGAGCGCAUCAAACGUUCCCAACAAUUAGCCAAGGAAAAGCAAUUGCGUGUCCAACAUCAGGCGCUGAUUGAUUCCAGGCAGGAAUACUGCAUGAAGAAAAUUUACCAGGCACAAACAGAAGCAGACCUGAUACCUUACAUGCGCAAUCGUUUGCGUCUCAUGUCGCAAUUUGAUCACCCUAAUACUACGCAACAAAACACCGGAAAUAUAUGCACAUCAACUUUGGAUUCUGAGUCAUUCUUUCUAUCCCGAGAAAUUGAGAGACAACAAGCGGCAGCAAAGAUUAGAAGCGCAUACCGUGCUCAUCUUUUUCGUCAAUAUCUUUCCAUCAUCAAAGAUAUUUAUUCUCAGUACGUCAGCUAUCGAGUCGAUCAAGAGCGGUCUGAACGUCCAAUUUUGAUUUACACGCAGGUGGAUGCAAAUGCCAAGGAGUCACAACAUCAUCAUACUCAUGAGUCUGAGAGUACAUCCGGCCCCUUUUGUACAGAUGCGAGUUUGUUACAACCACCCCCAUGUGAUAAUCGGCCAUUACCAACAGGGUACGCCCUUCACAGCGUUCAGGAAACUAUCGAGCCAAAGCAGGAGGGGCUAACUGAGGAAGCCGUGGGUGAAGCGUGUGUUUGUAAAUCCAAGGAACCUUGUACAGUUCAGCUUAGGGAGGAGUCAGCAGUGUUAACCAUUACUCGAUUUAUGCGGCGUGUAGCGGCUAAGCGUGCUUUGGCACGGCGGAUCAAAGCAAUAGAGCAUUUGCGCGAGCAGCAGGAAGAUAAGGCUACUAAAGAAAACGAGCCUCAGGAGGAGUUUACUUCCAGUGGUACCUUUACAAUCGUGAAGCGACCUCCAAUGGAAUCAGAUCUUACUUCACUAAUUAUCAGUGAAGCAGUAACCCGUGAACAGGGAAGAGUUGAUGAAAUUGAUGGAGAUGGAGAGUAUACUUCAAGAAUCUGA